CAGUUAAUGACCAGUACCGUACAUUCCACUGAGUUGUUAUUAAAAACUGCUAAGAGUACGUAAUGUACGCUAAUAUUUAGAGAUGAAUUACUGGCUGCCUAGACUGACUGUACUGUAUGUACUGUGUACCGGAGCUUGUUGUGAAGAAACUUCUUCAACCCCUGCUGGAUAUUGCUUUAAUGCCAUCCAAUCACCAGACAACAGUUUGACAAUCUCAGCAGCUGCUGUGAUCCCCUCAGGCAAUACCACCUACACUGACGUCAUCUUCCCUAGUGUACAGCUACCAUCUCAGACGUGUGGGGAUCGAUACACUCGCUGUCAUGUGACCAUACACUACGAGGAGGCUGGAACCAGAGUUGCAGUUUUAGUUGCUGUUGGAGAUGGAGCAGCUGUUGCUUUGUUUGACCAAGAAUCCUCUAGUUUAAACUUUAUUGAACAAUACUUUGUACCACUUCCUGGUACACCAAGUUGUGCUCUCACUACUUUUAUAGUGGAUGGUGUCGUGGUCUAUGGACUGUGUUAUGAGAUUGUGUCCGGUGAAGAAGUUAUUGUGCAAGUGUUUAUAAUCUUUUUGGAUUUUGGAACAUUGAGUCAGUCGACAAUCAUCUCUAACAUUGGACGUAACACUAGGAAUACAUUGUAUAUCUCAGAAGCUUUUCAUUCCACUUGUUCUGGAGCAACGUUCGGUACCAACUUAUACUGGUACGGGAAUGCAUUCCUGCACAGUCUACGGAUCGAUAUUGAUUCACCUCUUGUCUCUAUGGACACUAAUAUAUCACAGUGCUUCGACAAUGGCACCCAGCAAGUGGUUUUGUUUCAAGACAGAUAUCUGUUAGCGUACUGUGGAUCCAACACUGUGGAGGUCGAUAUCUGUGGCGAGGCUGCCCUUAUCGUUAAUUCAAUUACCUUCUACUGCUCUGGAAGGAGGGAUACAUUUUUGGAAGUUGGAGCUGGAAAUUUAAGUUUCAAUAACAAUGUGAUUCCAUUCCCUUUGGAUCUGUCUUUUCCGUAUGUGGGUGACUGUGUGGAGAUAAAUGGAAACGUUCACUUUAUUGGAUCGUCAGCUGAUGGAACUAUUGCUCUCACUGAUGUGUUACAGAACUCCACAACUAUUCUCUCGACGGAUGCCAUAGUCAACCAUCAAGUGAUUGAUAAUCGAUUCAUACUGUACAGUAACUCCACCUCCUCCGCUCUAUUGGACCUGUCUUGUCCGGAUCCAUCCACUCCAAUUCAUGUCAGUAAUGUGUCCUUUGAGUUAUCGAAUUUCUCCGCAAAUCAUUCAUUUUCGUGCUUUACUGUUCAACCAACGCAACCACCCACCAUGACCACUGUUCCUGUGGAAACAACUGCACAAGCUUUGUCUGACGGUGCUAUUGCUGGAAUUGUUGUUGCCUUAAUUGUUUUGGUCAGCAUAAUUGUUGCGGGAUCAAUCAUAAUAUGGAAAUGUAGGACAUAUUGUACUGGAAACAGUAAUACCGUCGAUUUUGUUCCUGUGGAUUGUAGCAAUGAGUUUACAGAAAAUCAGUCAGCAGUAUUCCCCACAAAAAAUCAUUCUGUUGGAUCUCUCAAUAAAGUUGAAUCGAGUUCCUCAUCUGACCAAAUUAGCAAGGACAAGCAAACACAGGGCACUACACAGGACACUGCACAGGACACUACACAGGGCACUACACAGGACACUACACAGGGCACUGCACAGGACACUGCACAGGACACUGCACAGGACACUACACAGGGCACUACACAGGCUUCUAUUGAGAACAAUACACCAAUGCUGAAACUAGCAGAAGAGGAGGUAGCAACGACACAGGAGAAUAUUGGCACCCCUACAACUGUGAAAUCUAAUUGUAAUAAGAAUGCACUUGUGACACCCGAAAUUCCUUCUGUACCAACAUUGAUAACUCAACAUCAAAGUGAAAGCCCUCUGGUUCAAUCUGAUGAAGAGAGAUGGACUUUUAAUGGAGAAGAAACGACUGCUGUUCCACUCUCAGAUAGGAGUCAACAAGAGUGUGAUCAUUGUCACGAUACAGUUAGCCCUGGGCUCCCUCUUGGAAUCAACGCACACCACACAGAUCAAUAUGAAGACGUAGCGCAAAGAAGAGUUAGACUGUCUGAACGAUAUGAUCGUGUGAAAGCUGACGUUACCAACACCCGUCCAGAACAUUCUAACUCACCAACCACACCUAGCAACUCAGACAACGAUGUUGAUUCUCCAGAGCCCAACAACGACCAUGAAAACUGAUGCAAUACAUGAGUUAGGUUAGCUAAGUGUUGGCAGCUGACACACAAUUAGGUUUUUAAUAUAUCAGUGUUAAUUAAUUGGUGUUAAUCAUCACAUAAUAAAAAUGAGUUUAAACAGGGUAGAUACAGAUGGCGUAU